AUGGGAGUUAACCGCGGUACAGCCCCGCGAUUCGCUGUGGAGCCCGUGGCGGAUGAGCUGCCCUAUAUGUUUUACGUGGGAUUGUUCUUUGUGAACGUGCUGAUCCUGUACUACGCCUUCCUGAUGGAGUACAUCCUCCUCAACGUGGGCAUCGUCUUCCUGCCCGACGACUUCGACCAGGCGCUGGUCGACCUCGGCGUCCUGUCGGACCCGGGGUCGGUGACUUACGACACGGACGGCGAGUUGGAUGUUUUCGACGGUUAUUUCGACUGAGAAGCCUUGGCCGGCGGGUGGGGGAGAGAGAGAGAGAGGGGAGAGAGAGGGGAAGGGAAGGAA